AUGGAGAAACAGGUUGAUGUUGAGGUUAAUGCAUUGCAGGCCCCUAUUGAAUCCUUGCGGUCAUCUGAAAGACGCAGUAAUGUUCGGAGUGGCCUGAAAAAAGUCUAUCAGGAUGUAUCAUGGGUAUUCACGACUGCAUCAGAUGGUGUCCAAGACUGGACGCCGUUUGUGCUUGUUCUGUCUUAUUUCGUCUUCUCCACCACCAUUUACAUGAAUGCCACAUCCGGCAUCAACGAAAUUUUCUGGUUCAUCUAUUUGAUGACCAACACCUAUAUUGCAACAGCCACUGUGAUCGAGUCUAUUUCAGCUUUAGGGAACUUUCAAGAUGCCAAAAGAGCUUUGGAUAAGGUCGCUAAGAAGAAUUGGGUCUUUCCUACAUCAGAAAAUGACUUGCCCAAGCUAGACAUUAUCAUUGUGGCUUAUUUACCAAAUGAGCAAGACAUCGUUAUGGACCGUGUGAAAUAUCUAUUGGAAGAGAUCGUCUAUCCCCGGGACAGAUACCGUGUCAAUCUGCUAUACAACACUCCCUACGCCAUCGAGCCGCUGGAAUCAGAACUUUUUGCAUUGGCCGACGAAUAUGCCAAAAACUUGCGCGUUAUCAAAGUCCCCGGUUCAAAGUCCAAAGCCGACAACAUAAAUUACUAUUGCAAUGUCAUACAGACCGAUGCCGAAAUUUCGGCAAUCUUUGACUGCGAUCACUAUCCCCACCCAUAUGCACCAAAAUGGGCAAUGGAGCAGUUUGCCAAAGAUAAAGAACUUGAUAUUGUCCAAGGUCGUUGCGUGGUGCUCAAUGCCAACGACAACUUCCUCACUGCAAUGAUCGGAAUUGAAUUCGAUAAGAUUUACGCAGUCUCCCACCCAGGUCGUUCUGCAAUGUUCCACUUUGGUCUUUUCUGUGGCUCAAACGGCUACUGGCGCACUUCGCUCUUGAAAGAGUUGAAAAUGGACGACUCCAUGCUUACAGAAGAUAUCGAUUCCGCUCUUCGUGCAUUUGGCCACGGAGCGAAAGUAAUUCACGACAUCAAUGUCACAUCCUUUGAACUCGCUCCGAUCACAUUCUCUGCGUUCUGGAAACAACGUCUGCGGUGGUCCCAAGGUUGGAUCCAGGCUAGUAUGCGUCAUAUUCAUCUAGUGUGGAGUCGGUCGCGAGAAGGCAAACACCGUACCAUGCGCCAACGCUUCGGAAUCCUUUCUUUACUUUUUGUCCGAGAAAUCAGUUACUAUCUCAUCACUCAAUAUCUUUGUCUUGUGUUGAGUGUUGUUAUCACUGAGUUUCCCAAGAACGGCCACGAUUUGUAUAAACUCGUCUUUUUUCAAUACCCUGUUGCUUGGUGGCUCUUCAUCUUCAGUCUGCUUGCUUUUGUCGGCACACUCUGGGUCACAUUCCACUUCCGAUCUGAAUUUUGCCGGUGGUACACGAUCCCAAUCUUUGCGGCCACAUAUCUUCCUCAGCUCGUACUCACUGCGAUCAUUGGUCUUUUUGGUCAUGCACGUCAAGUAACCGAGAAUGUUAUAGAUGCCGCUGCUAUGAGGCUAUGA